ACAGUCCGGCCCGGUGCGUUGCCUCGCGAACCGCCACGCCUAUCCUCUUCAACUACCCUACGUCUACGACACAAACUUCACCAUGAGGGAAUGCAUCUCAGUUCACAUCGGCCAAGCUGGCGUUCAGAUCGGCAAUGCCUGCUGGGAGCUCUACUGUUUGGAGCACGGUAUCCAGCCUGAUGGACAGAUGCCCUCGGACAAGACCCUGGGCGGAGGAGACGACUCCUUCAAUACUUUCUUCAGCGAAACCGGAGCUGGGAAACACGUGCCGAGAGCCGUGUUUGUUGAUUUAGAACCUACUGUUGUGGACGAGGUCCGAACCGGCACGUACCGGCAGCUGUUUCACCCAGAACAGCUUAUCACUGGCAAGGAGGACGCGGCCAACAACUAUGCGCGCGGCCACUACACCAUCGGCAAGGAGAUCGUGGACGUCGUGCUGGACCGCAUCAGGAAGCUGGCCGACCAGUGCACCGGCCUGCAGGGCUUCCUGGUGUUCCACUCGUUCGGAGGCGGCACCGGCUCCGGCUUCACGUCGCUGCUGAUGGAGCGCCUGUCCGUGGACUACGGCAAGAAGUCAAAGCUCGAGUUCUCCAUCUACCCCGCACCACAGGUGUCAACAGCGGUGGUGGAGCCGUACAACUCGAUCCUGACCACGCACACGACCCUGGAGCACUCGGACUGCGCCUUCAUGGUGGACAACGAAGCCAUCUAUGACAUCUGCCGCCGCAACCUCGACAUCGAGCGCCCGACUUACACCAACCUCAACCGGCUUAUUGGACAGAUCGUAUCCUCCAUCACAGCCUCGCUGCGCUUCGACGGCGCUCUCAAUGUGGACCUAACAGAGUUCCAGACCAACUUGGUGCCGUACCCGCGCAUCCACUUCCCGCUGGCUACAUACGCGCCAGUCAUCUCGGCCGAGAAGGCCUACCACGAGCAGCUGACGGUCGCUGAGAUCACCAACGCCUGCUUCGAGCCCGCUAACCAGAUGGUGAAAUGCGACCCGCGCCACGGAAAAUACAUGGCUUGCUGCAUGUUGUACAGAGGCGACGUAGUGCCCAAGGACGUGAACGCAGCCAUCGCGACCAUCAAGACGAAGCGCACCAUCCAAUUCGUGGACUGGUGCCCGACCGGCUUCAAGGUGGGCAUCAACUACCAGCCGCCCACCGUGGUGCCGGGCGGCGACCUGGCCAAGGUGCAGCGCGCCGUCUGCAUGCUGUCCAAUACCACCGCCAUCGCCGAAGCCUGGGCUAGACUGGACCACAAAUUCGACCUGAUGUACGCAAAGCGUGCCUUCGUCCACUGGUACGUGGGCGAGGGUAUGGAGGAGGGAGAAUUCUCGGAGGCCCGUGAGGACCUGGCAGCUCUGGAGAAGGACUACGAGGAGGUCGGCGUCGACUCCACGGAGGGAGAACUAGAUGAGGAGAACGAGUACUAAACGCGUGAUAUAUGCGUUGAGGCGUGCUAUACGAGUACAACUGCUAAUGACAUCAAGGAUUGAAAUGGACAUGGAAUACGGAAAACUUUGGCAGAUCUGGUCUGAGUCAAUAUGGACAAAUAAUUUUUGAGAGCUCCAUG